AUGUCGACGUCAUCAUCAUCAUCGUCAGCUGCCGGCGGCGCGCAGACGUCGCCCAUUGCGAUGAGCUACGCCUCGUCGUCGUCGAUCCCCGUCGGCUUCGGCAUGAGCGGCGAGUCGCUGUACGCUGCCUCGGAGUCGCUGCCGGUCGAGCGUGUGACGCGGCUGGGCGAGGGCCAGCACAGCCCGACCCACGGCCUGCCGGCGAGCGAGGUGCUCACGAUCGACUUCAAGAACGACGAGAUCGAAUUCCACGAAGAGCUGGGGCGAGGGGCCAGCGGCGCCACCGUCUACGCCUGCUCCAUCAAGGGCAUGUUCUUUGCUGCGAAGAUCAUGGACAGCAGUACCUUCCCCAGCGAGGAGCAGACCCAGCGCAUGCUCUCCGAGAUCAGCAUAACGGCGCAGCUGCGACACGAGAACGUUGUGCGACUGCUGGCCUUCGAUUAUCGGGAAGACAAGAAGGAGAUCCGCAUGUUCACCCAAAUCUACCCCGAGACUCUCUGGCAGGUGAUCGCCAGCCGGGCCGCCACGGGCAAACCCUUCACGCCGAAGGAGGUGGUCGAUUUUGCAUUCCAGAUAGCGAGGGGCCUGCACUACCUCGGCAGGCAGGAUCCGCCCAUCAUCCACCGCGACCUCAAGAGCGACAAUAUCUUCGUGUCGUGGGACAAUCAUCGAAAGCCGCGCAGGCUGCACAUCGGCGACUUUGACACGUCCAAGAUACUGGAUACCACCGGGGCCAAGACCUUCACCCAAGUGGGCACCCCUGGCUGGAUGGCGCCCGAGGUGUUCACAGAGAGCGGGAGGGGACACGGCGUCAAAGCCGAUGUGUGGAGCUUCGGCAUGGUGCUGUACGAGCUCAUAGUGAUGAAGCAGCCCUACUUCGACAAGAACCACUUCGAAAUCUCGACCUGCAACGUCAAAGGCAUUCGGCCGACGGUGCCGGAGAGCGUGGACAAGGAGGCCUUCAAGGAGCUGCUCAAACUCUUCAACAAGUGUACAAACAAGAAGCCGCAGGACCGACCAAGCACUGCCGACAUCCUUGCCACCCUGGCCGCCAUGUAA